GGCGACUUAAGAGCUAGAACACAACCCCUUCUAGGUACAUUGAAUCUUUACCCAAAUGGUUCCCCCUCGAAAUAGAGGUUCCAGAGGUCGCGGAGGCCGUGGUGGCCGUGGUGGCCGUGCCAAUGCCACCGUAAAGAAGAGAAACGCCUUCACAACGUCACGAGUAGAUGAGAUAGAGGCGGAAGAUUCUUCUAGUGGGGAGGAUAGCCAAUUUGAAGACCAUCUUGGUGAUGAAAUGGACUACGGAGAACCUAUAGACAAGGCAUCGUCAGACAGCGAGGAGGACAAAGAAGACGAAAAGUCGUCACGCCCAUAUAACGAAUUACUUCAGUUACUCAAUACAACCGCUGACUCUAAGGGACCGGCACGAAAAAAGAGAAAGACUGAACAGAAGGAUGAUAAAAGAGAGGCGACUCGGAAACACAUUGUUGCAACCGCAAUCGGAGAGGAGGACGAGGAAUUAUUGGAAGACGAGCAGCAGGAUCCUUCCGAUGAAGAGGGCGAAGAGGACGAAGAUCGCGUAAAUGUGGCAGAUGUUGAUGGUCAAGCAGACAGUGAUGAUGAAGAUGACAGUGACCCCUUCGAAGCGCAUUUCGCGGCUCUAAAAGAAGACGAACUUUCUCGACAAAUUACGGCUGUAGGGGAGAAAAGGUGGAAAUCUAUGAAGAGAGAGCUCUCCGAAGACUUGAAAUUAGUCCGCGCUGUACCGGAUACUGGAAGCGAAUCGUCGUUUCUGCCUACCCUGAAGACUAUCACGAGUUUAAAGCUCAAGAAGAAGUUGAAAGCGCCCGCCAUGGAGCAUAUCCCUCAGAUCGACGACUAUGCCCAACACCUGGCUCCCUAUAUCUUUGAUUACCAAGACGUCUUAUAUGGCGCCAGAACAACAUACAACUCGGCUCAGCUGCGGGACCUUCUGGCUGUUCAUGCUGUCAACCAUGUGUUGAAGACCCGAGACCGUGUGCUUAAGAACAACGCUCGUGUCGCAAAGGAACAAGACGUCGACCUCGACUUGCGCGAUCAAGGUUUCACCCGGCCUAAGGUGCUGUACCUCCUCCCGACCAAACAAGCUUGUGUACGAGUAGUAGAGUCCAUCACCCAGCUCUUCCAACCUGAACAGCAAGAGAACAAAAAGCGGUUCACGGAUACCUUCUCUGCAACAGAUGACCGGUCCUGGGAGAGCAAACCCGAGGACUUUCGAGAAUUGUUCGGUGGAAAUGAUGACGACAUGUUCCGGCUGGGCCUCAAAUUCACGAGGAAAUCUGUCAAGUUCUUUUCACAGUUCUACGCUUCAGAUGUGAUCCUUGCCAGUCCACUGGGGUUGCGCACAAUUAUGGACCAAGCAGACGCAAAGAAACGUGAUCAUGACUUUUUAUCUUCCAUAGAGGUCGUUAUAGCAGAUCAUGCCGAUGCGCUUCUCAUGCAGAAUUGGGACCACGUCGACUAUAUCUUCAAGCAUCUUAACCUUCAGCCGAGGGAGGCGCACGGCUGUGACUUUAGCCGCGUGCGGACAUGGUACUUGGACAACAACGCACGAUAUGUCCGCCAAAUGAUCAUACUAGCUUCAUUUAUUACCCCAGAGAUAAACUCGAUCUUUUCUACGCAUAUGCAAAACGUCUCCGGCAAGGUCAAAAUAAUACCAGCCUAUGCCGGGGCGAUCUCUGAGAUCCCACUUCCCGUAUCUGUGAAGCAGACCUUCUCCCGGUUCGAUACUCUCUCGCCGGCGAAAGACCCAGAUGCGCGAUUCAAACACUUCACCACCACGGUAUUAUCAUCCUUAGUCCGCAAUAUCACGUCUGGUCGGAAUACCAAUAGUGGUGGGAUCUUAAUCUUCAUUCCAUCGUACUUGGAUUUCGUCCGUGUACGAAAUUACUUUGCCACCUCUGCGCAGACCACCAACGUCUCCUUUGGCGCGAUCUCGGAAUACUCGGACACUCGAGACAUUUCACGUGCCCGCACGCAUUUUAUGAAUGGCCGGCACUCGGUAUUGCUAUAUACAGAAAGAUUUCAUCAUUUCCGGCGGUACCAGAUCCGAGGAGUCAAGCGGAUCAUCAUGUAUGGAGUACCAGAAAACCCGACUUUCUGGGGCGAAAUUGUUGGAUUUUUGGGAAUAGAUCCAGCGGCGAUUGAUCAGGCGGCCGAGGGAGGCGUACGUGCCCUGUUCUCCAAGUGGGAUGCACUAAAAUUGGAGAGGAUCGUUGGAACCAAACGAGUCGGCAACAUGCUGCGCGAAACGGGAGGCGAUACAUUUACCUUUGUAUAAAACCGAGUCCGUUGAUCGUACUAACUCAUAUCAAUGUAUUUGUUACUCCUUGCCCUACUGCCUUCUAUUGAUAGACAGAUAUAACCCUACAACCCACACAAUGGUCACUCCGCAAAUGUCUCCAUGAGCCAAGCAGGGUAAGUGAAGCCAUUAUUGUCAGAACCGUCGGCUUGAAACUUUCCCCAGGGGCACAGCAUGUUAGGUAAUAGGAACCCUCCACAACACUAAAGGCUGAGGGAACCAAUUAAAGAUCGUGUCCUUUUGUAUAUAGUGAUGUAACCAUAUAACGUACAUGCAGCCCUCAUUUCACAUAUAAAGG